GAAAGGUGGCGCAGCACACGUGCAGUUGGGUCGCGACAUUGCCCCUCAAUACCUUUAAUGAGUCACGGCGAUCCAUCCUCCCUCGGGCAAAUUGAAUGCCUCUAUCUACGUCGCACUUUUUGAAUCGCGAUUCAUCUGUCUUGACACCCAAUUCAUCUGACCAUCUGCAUCGCAACACGCACUCACUCAUAACGCCAUGUCUGAUCUCAGCCUCAAAUUCUUGGACGACGGCACAACCGAUGCCGGGCCUGGCCGCUAUGCCGACAAGAGGGCCUUUGACGUCCUGCAGCGCUAUCUCCAGAGCCAGCUCUCCGUUAAAGAGACGGCAAAAGAGAUCACUGCCAUGCUUCCCGAGCCCGAGGCCCGCAAAACACGCGGAGCCGAGAUUGGCCUGUUCGGUUCCUUCCUCUGUCAGAUAGCCCGACAGAUUCCGUACAGUCAUCCAGCACAAACGAGGCUGGUGCAACUGAUUCAACGUGUUUCCCAUUCUCCAAAAUUAACCGGACAGGGAGACGACGAUGGAUACAUGAUCUGUUUCACCAUGGACGACUUCAAAAGCCAACUGCGAGAGUGGUUUACUCCGAUCUUUGAGGAUGACCCGGAAGACACAAAUCAGUACUCCCAUGCUCUCAACUUCUCUGCUUUCCUUGCACGCCUCACGCAGUGCGGCUUUCUGAGCUACUCCCCACUUUCCAUCUGGACGAUGCGUGGAUCUCUUGAGGAGAAGAUUGACCAUCAAGAAGCCUUCGACUGCUCCGUCAGCUCAGCUGCCUUGUGGAUCAUGUUUGCAGGCCAGGCUACUUAUACGCAGGUAGUCGAGGCACCAUUCCCUGAGAAGGCUGAAGGCAUCUACCGUUCGGGAAGCCUGUACCGCGGGCCCGAGUUGGGCUUGGAGCGAUGGAGAUUCUGGAAGGAGGCGCUGAUGGCUGCUGUCGAGAAGAAGGGAGCGAGUGACGAAUGUCGGCAUCUGGCUCAUGGGGCAGCCGAACUCAUGGGCGACAUUGAGCUGAACAUGGAAUUCUCAUUUGCUUGAUUCUAGCCGGAGGAAGGUUGACAGCAUUACUAUUUAUUACUGCCUGUUCUACAAGACGUACCUAAACCCCUUGUUAUCGAUCUCGGUCAUGUCUCUCAUCCCCUUCUCGAUAGCUUCCCGUUCCUGGUCCUCGGCGCGUCGCGAGUCUGCAGUGGCUUCGCGGUCGCGUUUCUUGUUCACGCUCCACAUGUAACCGUAUAAGACUACGACCAUAAUCGUCUUGACAGAAUAGCCGAUGAGAAUCCUGCAGCGGUG